GUGCACCGAUGAGGCCGAUAAUGCACCCUGCACUUUGUCUCCGGUGCAGGAGGCACCAGUCUCACCAGCGUCCUCCUCUCUGAGCAACCAAAAUCAAAACGAAAACGAGCAAGUCUUGCUAGCGACCAUGCAACCGGUGAACGUGCUCGAUCUGCACGAACCGCCGGUCGUACAUACGCUCCAUCCCAAGUACCACCAUCACCAUCAUCGUCAUCAUCACCAUCACCAUCAUCAUCAUCACCAACAACAGCAACACAUCCAGGGCAACGAUUCGGAAGACGUGCAGCAGCGCGCCGCAGCUGCGGACGACUCUGACGGCCGCGUGUCGCCUGGCACCGAGGUGGCCGCCGCCGCAGCGGGCAACACAACGCUUGGCGUCGGCGAGCACAAGAUGAUCGACCUGAUCUAUAACGACGGGCAAAAAACAGUCAUGUAUACUCACGACAAAGAGAUCAUUUACGAAAAUGAGCACGCGGACCGCGUGCAGGUGGUCGAAUACCCGCCACCACCGCCAUCGCCGCCGUCACCAUCGCCACCAUCGGCCGGUGUCACGAGGACGACAGGUCUGUUGCCGCCGUCCUGCGUCACACCGAGGUCCGCCGCUGCCACGUCCGCCGCCGCUACUGCCCUGCAUCUGCACCACUAUCCGCAGCUGCAGCUGCAACACGAGGACGAUCUGCCGUCGACGGUGCGCCAUGCCGUCAACGCGACCGUGCCGAAUGGCGGCGCCGCGACAACCACGACGACGGUUCUUGUGCUGCAGGAGCUCGUCGCGACCGAUCCGGCCGCCGCCGGUGCAGCUGCAGCCGCACAACAACUGACACUUACCGCCGCCGCCGCCGCUGCAGCGUCCUUUCGCGCCGGGUAA